UAUGUGUGUAUAUAUUAAAUAAAUGAAAUUAAAAUGAAUUAUGUGAAAUAAAUGCAUCUUGCUUCCUAAGUACAAUUUUGAUUCAUGGUUAUAUUAUAUCAAUAAUAUUUACAGAAUCUUUUUUUAGCCUUGAACCUUUAAACUGAACUCAAAUUAUUAUUUUACUCAAUGUUUUUUGUUUUUUUUUCUCUUAAAAUUAGUAUUAUCUUUUUAAAAGAUCAACAUGAAUACGUUUGUUACAAGUGAACAGUUUCCAUAUGUCUUAUAUAUCAUUUAAAUACAAUGUCUCUUUACGAAAAUAUAAAAGAAAAUUUAACAGCUCAAAUAUACGAAUUAGAAGCAUUACAGUCAGUUUAUCCAGAAGAAUUAGUCAUCGCAGAUCAAGGAAUUUUAGCUGACAUUAAUAAUUUUAUUGAAUUUCCUCAAGAACUUCCACAAAGAUUGGAAUAUUCUAUCAAAAUUUCUGAGAAUGAAGCAAUAAUUGAACUUCAAGUAUGUUUGCCGAAUGAUUAUCCUCAAGAAAAACCUGAAGUUUAUGCUAGAACUUCUUCAUUAGAUCGAACACAACAAUUACUUUUAAAUGAAGCACUGACAAGUUUUUUAAAUACAAAUGAAAAAGGUGAUCCUUGUAUAUAUUCAUUAAUAUCAUGGUUGCAAGAUAACAUAGAGAAAUAUCUUCAAAAUUCGAAAGUUAAUAAAGAAAGUAAUCAUGAAAAUGAAAAGAAAGAACAUGAACAACCUGGUGAAUUAAGUUUUGCUAGAUAUUGGAUUUAUAGUCAUCAUAUAUAUAGUAAACUUAAGAGACGAGAUAUAAUUAAUUUAGCGAAAGAACAUUCUCUCACUGGAUUUUGUUUACCCGGCAAACCAGGAAUUAUUUGUAUAGAAGGUAUAAAAACGGAUUGUGAAUUGUGGUGGCAAAAGAUAAAAGUUAUGAAUUGGCAUAAAAUUCUUAUUAAAUUAAUAGAAGAUGAGAUCUUAAAUGAUGAAAAUAAUAUAAAUACCAUGCGUAAAUAUCAUAACUUUCAAGAAAUAUCUUUUCCUAGUUCAGAUCGUCAUAAUGAUAUGGGACAAUUACUUACAUAUUUAACCGAUCAUCAAUCUCAGCAUGUUUUUAAUGAAAUUUUUGGUAUCAAAGGAAAAUUUACCCAUUAAAGUAAACAUUGAAAAUAUUUCAAUCUCUCUCUCUCUCUCUAUCUUCUUAAGUAAAAAUAUAUAUUAAGACAAACAAAUAAUAUUUCUAUAACAUACCGACAGCAUUGUUGAAUGAAUCGUGUCUUUUAUAUCGAUUUAUUGGAUUACUUGCAUUUUCAAUAUACGAAUUUAUUUUCUUAUCGAUUUGGUUUAACGUAUCGAGAUUUAACGAAUGAUUUUCUGAAAAUAAGUUUGAUAAUUUAAUAACUGCCGAAUAAAUAAACAGAAUUUUUUACAUACCAUAUUUUGUUUUAAGCUUUUCAAAAAAUUGAGUUAAAUCUUCUAAUGCAUUAGUCAACAUUUCUGAUCCAUGACCUAAAUGAUUAUCACUUAUGUUGCAUAUAAUUACGAAUAUUAUUAGAAAAUUGAUCAUUUUGUAUUAAACUUUACUCGUCACGAGUUACACACUACAAGCAAGUUGAAUUUACAAGAUCAGAGUUUAUAUCUUGAUUAUUAUUAGAUGAUAAUAUGUAAUGUGUACAUUUUUUUUUUUUAUAUAAUCAGGUCACAUGGAUUAAGGAUAUGAUGAUACUUUAUUGAUACUAUGAAACCUAUGGAAUACAAUACAAAUGUUGAGCGAAUUUUCUUACUGUAAUAAAUAAACUAAUAUAUACAAAUA